AUGGGUGAUUCCUGUGCUAACCAAGACACGUGCCAUGCAGAGGAGGGGACAGGCUCUGCUGAGGAAACCAUGUUUAGUAUGGCAGAUCUUUUUCUUUUCUCACUUAUUGUUGGCUUGUUGACCUACUGGUUCUUCUUCCGCAAGAAGAAAGAGGAGACUGUUGAAUUCACCAAAAUUCAACCUACAGUGACAACCUCUUCCAGGGAGAGCAGCUUUGUGGAAAAGAUGAAGAAGACGGGAAAAAAUAUAGUUGUGUUUUAUGGGUCUCAAACAGGAACAGGAGAAGAAUUUGCCAAUCGACUUGCAAAAGAUGCCCAUCGUUAUGGCAUGCGUGGUAUGGCGGCUGACCCUGAAGAAUUUGAAAUGGCUGAUCUGAGCCGUCUUACCGAAAUCGAAAACUCCCUUGCCGUAUUCUGCAUGGCUACAUAUGGUGAAGGGGACCCUACAGACAAUGCUCAGGAUUUUUAUGACUGGUUACAAGAAGCAGAUGUGGAUCUUUCUGGUCUUAAGUUUGCGGUGUUUGGUUUGGGUAACAAGACAUAUGAGCACUUUAAUGCUAUGGGAAAAUAUGUGGACAAACGAUUAGAGGAGUUGGGAGCCGAGAGAAUCUUUGAGCUGGGCAUGGGAGAUGAUGAUGGCAACUUGGAAGAGGAUUUUAUCACCUGGCGUGAGCAGUUUUGGCCUGCAGUAUGUGAACACUUUGGUGUGGAGGCUACAGGUGAAGAGUCGAGCAUUCGUCAGUAUGAGCUGGUGGUGCACACUGAUGAAAAUAUGAACAAAGUCUACACAGGAGAAAUGGGUCGUCUUAAGAGCUAUGAAACACAGAAACCACCAUUUGAUGCUAAAAACCCAUUCCUGGCUGAUGUAACCGUGAACCGUAAGCUUAACCCAGGGUGGAGAACGCCACUUGAUGCACCUUGAGCUGGAAAUAACGGGAUCAAAGAUCAGGUAUGAGUCAGGUGAUCAUGUUGCAGUUUAUCCAGCAAAUGACUCCUCUUUAGUCAACAAGCUGGGAGAGAUUCUGAGCGCAGACCUUGACACUGUCAUAUCUUUGAACAAUCUGGAUGAGGAAUCCAACAAGAAGCAUCCUUUCCCUUGUCCUACUACAUACCGCACAGCGCUCACUUACUAUCUGGAUAUCACCAAUCCUCCCCGUACCAAUGUUCUGUAUGAACUUGCACAGUAUGCCACAGAUCAGAAAGAGCAGGAGAACCUACGGAAAAUGGCUUCUUCUUCAGCGGAAGGCAAAGCUUUGUAUCUCAACUGGGUUUUAGAAGCAAGGAGGAAUAUUUUGGCUAUUCUGGAAGAUAUGCCUUCACUACGACCACCACUUGACCACCUUUGUGAGUUGGUGCCCCGUUUACAGGCUCGUUACUAUUCAAUUGCCUCUUCUUCAAAGGUUCACCCCAACUCCAUACAUAUCUGUUCAGUGCUUGUAGAGUAUGAAACCAAGACUGGACGAACAAACAAAGGAGUGGCCACCAGCUGGCUUAAAAACAAGCAACCAUGUGACAAUGGCCAUAAAUCAACAGUACCCAUGUAUGUCCGCAAGUCACAAUUCAGACUGCCUUUUAAACCCAGUACACCUGUAAUCAUGAUUGGGCCUGGCACUGGCAUUGCUCCAUUUGUAGGAUUCAUACAGGAAAGAGAAUGGUUGAAGCAGCAAGGAAAGGAGGUUGGAGAGACUGUUCUAUACUAUGGCUGCCGACAUGAACAUGAAGACUAUCUGUACAAAGAAGAACUUGCCAGAUUUCACAAAGAUGGUGUUCUUACUCAGCUGAAUGUUGCUUUCUCUCGAGAUCAGAAAGAAAAGAUCUAUGUCCAGCACAUUCUUAAGAAAAAUGAGGAACAUGUAUGGAAGCUGAUAAAUGAAGAGAAUGCUCAUAUCUAUAUAUGUGGUGAUGCCCGUUAUAUGGCGCGUGAUGUACAGAAUACUUUCUAUGACAUUGUAGAGAAAUUUGGUAAGAUGGAUCAUGCUCUGGCGGUAGAUUACAUCAAGAAACUAAUGACCAAGGGCCGCUAUUCUCAAGAUGUUUGGAGUUAA